AUGACUAACAGAGCGAGGAAGAACAAAUAUUUGUAUGAUAAAAAGGCAAAAGAAGCCGACUUGGAACCUGGCGACCGUGUUUUGAUAUGCAAUGUAUCUAUCCGAGGUAAACAGAAACUUGCAGACAAGUGGGAACAUGAGCCUUACUUGGUAGUCAAGAGAGUGAAUCCUGACAUCCCUGUUUACGUACUGAAGCCAGAGAGUGGAGGGAAGGGUCGGACGAUUCAUCGUAAUUUGUUGAUGCCAUGCUAUGCCCUGCCAGCAGUUCCACCGAAUCGUCCAAUGCGUACACCAAACGUACCUAGACGGACUCGCACUCGGUGCACCAAUAGAGUGGUCAGAGAGUCUAGCGACACCGAAAUAGAGAAUUCUUCUGAUGAUCUGAUAUUAUUAGAGAGAACACGAGCGAGAGAUAGCGAAGGUGGUUUGCCUGUGCCAGAGGCAAUGUCUAGUAGUAGCAGUGAAGAGCCUGACCGACCACAAGAUGAGAGAGUUAUGCCACCUGUUGAUAGUUCAGUUGUGACUGAAAUAGAGGCAUCACCAGCGAACGUAACUGUCAGCCUUGACAAUACAGUGAGUGACAACGGCACUAUAACUGCUGAUACGCCAUGUAUUGGAAGUGGCACCCAUGCACAUAAUAUACUUCAUGUGUACCCGGAAAAAGACAACAAGGAGCACAAAGGAAAUAAACGAACAUUUCUAAACCCACAAGUUGCAACUUUCCAAGUAUGUGUACAACACAGAUACCAAGCUCAGAAGAAGUACAGGGAUCAGGCCAGCAAGUUCCUCGGAUACCUCCUAAAGAAAAAAGGUGAACAGGUUGAAAAUUUGCCGGAACUCAAGAGAUUGUCAGAAAAAGAAAUGAGUGAAAACGAAAAAGAACAGGCAAGACAGCUACACACACCUGUCAAAUAUGGCCAGAUUAUACAGGUGGAGUUACUUGAUCAUCAUGCUAAGAAGGCACAGUUUCGAAUCAUGCCAAGAUAUAAAGUGAAAUCAGAAGGAGACACAGUACAAGUGGAUGAUCAAAUAAUUCUAGUGAGCGUCAAAACAGCUGGUCACCAUCUACAUGUCAGUAAUGCGAGAUUGGGUCAAGAUUUUAUUAAUUCUGAUUCGUUCGAGUUGAACUUGUCUGUAAGAAUGUCUGGAUUCUCCAUACAAAGAUACUAUAAACCAAAUGUUCACCAUGAAAAUAUUGUCAAGGGAGGCACUGUGUUCAGAUUGUUCCACAAAGAGUUGGAAGCUUAUCUAACAGCCGGCGAAGUAGAUGAAGAUGAUUACUUUGUUUCACAGAAACACUGUGUUUGUUUACAAGAUUUGUUUGCUCAGCAUUAUGAUUAUUUUAUAGUUCUCUUGAGAGUGAGGGUAACUGAUCCCAGACGACCCAGAACGUUAUCUCCUUCCACGUCAGCAAUAACAUACUGGCAGAUAGAAGCCGCUGAAGGAAUAAUGACAGGUGAAGUAAUGAGAUGGAAGCAACCGUGUCGUCUUAGACAUUUAACUACACACAAGUAUUUAAGUCUAGUGGUUAAAGGAAGUGGAGUUGAGGUUACAGUGACCGACGACGCAUCUGGACCAGAUACUAUAUUUAAAUUUCACCCCGUUGUUCAUGAUACGGAAGAAAUAAAAGAAGUAAAAGGGAUACAGUUUGAAAGUUAUGCAAGCAUUGAACAUGUUUCUACCAAAAAAUGGUUACAUGGAGAUUGUGGUAUUCGUCAAUAUAAUAAAGUGGAAAAGGGUGACUCGGAUUCAAUGAGUAAUUUACAGUGGAGUAAGGCUACACUAAGGAAAAUCACUGCAAGGGAAAACAAGUUACAAUUUGAUGAUGCAUUCACUAUUCAAAAGGUGGAUACUGAUUUGAUUGAAAUCUUCAAUUUCGUUGCUGGUAUGGUGCCUGUUUUACAGAAAAUUGUUAAGGAUAAUAAAAUACCUAAUAAAAAACAGGCCAAGAAGAUCACAGAUGCCUUACAAGAAUUGAAUCGUUUUAUGAAUGUGAAUGGUGAAUAUAUAAAAGAUAGACAGAAAUUACUGAGAAACCUGAAAGUCGUUGAUUUACUUGUGGACGUAACUAAAUUAUCUUACAAGAAGGAGAACGAGAAACAUAAAAGAAUGGCUGAUAUUAUUAUAAUGUGUUACGAAGUCUUAUAUACAUAUGUCUGUGGUGACAGUAGAAAGAAUGAACUAUACCUUGCAAGAUUUAUUGAUUACUUUCAAGGUCAAUUGAAACAGACAAGUGUAGGUAAUGUUUUUACAGAACAAAAUGUUGGACAUGUUGUUACACGUAUGCUGAUGGAGUUGUUUCGUGAUAAUCGGAAGAUUGUUGACAGAAUAACGAAGCAACAUAUUACGCAAUACAUAGAUUUACUUGAGGAAAGCAAGACGUCAUCGCUGGAGCCUGGUCCAAGGAAAGGAAACCAGUCAUGUUUGUAUUUUACUGAAGUUGGAUCAGCAAUAGGCAAAACAGAUGAUGAUAUGUAUAUAUCUACUGAUAAUGGUAAAACGUGGAUCCCUUUAAGUGGUGAUUCAAAAGAACAUCACAUAUUCCUCGAACAUCAGCUGGAUUUAUUUGGUAAACUGUCCCAGGGUCGCAAUGAAAAUGUGAUUGAAAAGAUUACCGACAAGUUUACUUUUCAGAAAGCCUAUCUUUCUUUAAAGAAUGACAAGUUACCAGCAACACUUCGAGCCAAGUAUUGUGAGCUAAUAAAGAAUCUCUUCAUUGAUGUUGGUCAAAAUGUUCCUGUAUUCGACAGACCGAAAUUAUUAUUUGUAUGGGAUGAGUUAAAGAAAAGCUGUUCCAGUGUGGCUGAAUCACAUCGAAUCCAGUUCAAAGAUCUGGCUGUUCUGAUUAAUGCCAUUUUGAAAGAGAAAUCCGACCAUAGAGUGUUGCAAUUGCAGGUGCUUAGACUUGUAUAUACACUGGUGAAGUUUGGAUAUUACACAGAUAAAGACGAUAUUAAAGAUUUUGUCGAGUCUCUUAAGAUAGUGGUGAACACAAACGACGACAGUGAAGUAUUUGAAAAAAGCUUUAAAACAAAGUCCUUAGUAGAUGUUAAACAUAUCACGGCAGUCGAGAAAUUGCGAGAAAUAUUUAAAGACACUUCAUAUUUUAAGGAAGAUGUCCUAUCCAAGACUCUAAUGGUGUUGCUGAAGGGCACAUCGGUCAGUGUUUUUAGGGAAUGUGAAAACAAGAUGCCUGUAUUGAGAAGAUUAUCUGCUACAAAAAUGAACACCAAUCAAUUCAAAGAGUUGGAAGAUAUACUAGACACAUUUACUGGAUUUUGCUCAUUGGAAGAUGAACCAGAAGAGCGCCAUCCUAUGAAUCAAAUUAUCUUGUAUAAUUGUGGUAUACUAUCCGACAUAUUCGAAAUAUUUUCUCAAGAGACUAAUGAUAAACUAAAGUCUGCAAAUGGAUACAAAGAGUCUUUACAACAAAUAUUCAAGAAAUGUUUUAUUUUGCUUCGAGUUUUAGCAAGGGGUAACACAGACGUGCAAAUGAGAUUGUUCGAGAGAUUAGACAUUUUGCUUAAUUUAAAUUGUGCUGGAGAAGAAAUGGCUAAGGCUAUUAAGGAGGUUGAAGAGCAUGAUCUAACAAUAAAACGUAACCAGAUAUGUGUAAUGAAAGUAUUUAUGCAGUCAGAAAAUGUACCUAUCAUAAAAGAUGAAACAAGCAGAGAUUUCUGGAAGUUACUAGAAACCACAAUCGACGAAAUAGAUGAGCUCACUAAAUACAUGAAAGAAAAUGAAACCAAAGUUAAACGGCAAUUAAAGAAAUUGCCAGCCAAGGUAGAUACAACAGAAGAUGGCAGGAACCAUGCUUUGUUACACUACUUAAUUGACGGAAUAUUUCCAAUGAUUCAGGUAUUUUUCGGGCAGUUUUAUAACGACGACACCAACAAAGUGUGCUACCUAAAGGAACAUGGUGUUGUAGACAAACUGGUCAAAUCUGUUAUGGAAUUUGUGAAAAUUAUUGAUACACUAUCAACAAAUGCAACACAGAUAAAGAAACUAAAUUCUGCAUGUAAUAGUUUGAUAAAUAACUCAUUGAAUCGCAAGGACGUCGAAGAAUUUAAAGCUAAACAAAAAGCGAGAGCCACGGAUAAUAAAAGUGAAGCACAAAAGAAUUAUAUCGAAGAGCACGAGAAUGAAGAAACGCGCAAUAUUGGAUUGAAUCGUUUUGCCAACAAUUAUAUGUUCUGUUAUACUGGUGAAAAUACAGUACGAGCGCAGUUGAGUGACGAUCUGCCAAAGUCAAAGAUAGGGAGUGCCAAACGAGAAUACGACCUUGGAGGCAUUGAAAAACUUCCUCUUGGAAACGAAUUCCAAGAACAUAUUAGGUGCUUCAAAGAUCCAAAAAAGAAGGGUACGAAGGAAAAGAAUGAUGAGCAGACCUAUGGCCUAGCAUUCAAACUGGUCGAACAACUUUUAAUCUCCUGUCAAAACCCAAAAGUUGGAGAAAGUGAAAAAGAGGAACAAGAAGCCUUGGAUAUCAGGUGUUUACAGUUACUGAGAGCAAUGAUACACAACGAAGAACGCCGUUUACCAGAAAACUGGAAAAGUGAUUCUAAAAUACACCAAGGUCAACUUGAAAGUAUUGAAUCCAUUCAAAACGAAUUAGAUGAACAUGGUGCAAUGUUGAAAAUUCUGCCAUUAGCGGGAAGAACAAGUGUGAAAUUAGCAAGUGAGCUGUUAGUAUUUAUAUCUGCUAUGCUGUUUAAUGGGAACCAGUCAGUACAGUCCAGUCUGAUGAAAUAUUUCCUGGAUUCCAAAGAAGAACACUUUUUCAUGGUGGUCAAAAAUCGCAUAAAUACAUCCGCGCUAGAACUUAAAGAAAAGCGUGCACUUCUAGCUCAACAUAGAGGCAAAAUUGAGGAAGAAAAUAAAGAACCAUCCCCACUUGUUUCAAAGCAAUCAAGAACUUCUAAUGGGAUGUUUCGAUCAGAAUAUUUUAAAUAUCCUUGUUGCCAAAACAAAGUGAAUGACAGUGAAUGUAUACAAAUGAUUGGUACCAACAAAGAUGAAGAAGAGCAGAAUACGCGUAAAAUGUCUAAACACGGGGAACUACAGUUAAAAAAAGAUGAACAUAUUAAUGUUCUGUUAAGAAUAUUAGGAGGAAUGUGUGAUGGACAACACACAGACUUACAGAAUUACCUACGAGACCAACACAACAAUAGUAGAAUUGUUAAUAUAGUGGCAGAAACAGCUAAAUUUCUUCAAAUAAUGUAUUCCAAUAUUAACGACAACAACGUUGAACUUGCUAUAGAAGUAGUUAUAACACUAAAUGAGUUUGUAUCGGGUAACCAUGAAAAUGCCAUGGUGUUAUUUAAUAACAACGUUAUAGAAUACGUGAACUACAUAUUACAGGAUACUAUGGAAAAGAAUAACGAAAAACAAAAAAGUUUCGAUCAGCUGAGAUUAGUCAUGGCUUAUCUCAUAAUGUCGAUAAUAGAAGAAAAUGUUCCUGGAGGUUCAAAAUUGGAAGACGAAGUCAAAGGAACAAUAGAUAAAGAGCAAAUAUAUCUCAUGAUGCUACAUUAUUAUUGUAAAGAACCACACAAUGAACUUGAUACAGAUAUUGGCUUUGCGUACUAUCAUAUUUUAAUGCGACUGCAGGAUAUUGGUGUUCCUAUCAUAAGAAACAGUUUCUCAACAGUUAGAGAAAAUUAUUUUAAACGUAAGAGUACAAGUGGAAACGACAUAAAAAGUGAAGAGGACAACUGCAAUGAAUGGACCUUCUACGCAGAUAACUCGAAGUCAGUUGAAUUACUUAAAAAUGGUGAAGUACAGAAACUUCAUUUUCGAGUUAAAAAUACUCAUGCCCUUAGAGAGGAAGUCAAGGAGAAAUUGAAAUGGAACAUUAAACGAGAGUCACAAGGUGACAAAAUAAACGAUUUAGUCAUGUGGUCAGACGAUAUCAAGAGUGACAUCAAAUACGAAACCAAAAUGUUAUCAUAUAAACCAACGAAGUUUUUUAUUACUUUAACGCCUUACUGGAACUGGGCUUUAUUAAUAUUAUCUUUUGCUAUUAAUGUUAUCAUACUUGCAACGUGGGUGGCUCCAGAUGACCAUGACGUGUAA